AUGGUCUCCCUCAAGGCUCUCUGCUCCGUCCUGGCCUUCAAGGCCCUCGCCGUGUCCGCUGCGCCGGCCGCGGAGCUUCCCAAGGCUCCAUCUUCUACUGCUCCAACAUCCGCUGGAACGGCGAGUGCAGAAGCGUCGGCGUUCCCCUGGACAAGUGCCAACGACCGCAUCAGCUCCAUCAAGAACCAAGCCAAGGGCUCGUAUAAGUGCACCUGGUACAUCGGCUACAACUGCAAUGGCAAGUCGUACUCCAACCAGGAGGAUGCCAACCUGGCUGAUGGCGACGGCGCCUUCAACGACUCCAUCAGCAGCUACUCUUGCCGACGCAAGUAA